ACAAACUCAAUUUGUCGAAGGACAGUCAGGCGGAGCCCUAUUUCUCUCAGAGACUGCAAACAUGCAGAUCUUUGUGAAAACCCUAACGGGUAAGACUAUUACCCUAGAGGUCGAGUCGAGCGACACCAUUGACAAUGUGAAAUCGAAGAUCCAGGAUAAGGAGGGGAUCCCACCGGACCAGCAGCGCCUGAUUUUCGCCGGGAAGCAGCUGGAGGACGGUCGUACACUCGCUGACUAUAACAUCCAGAAGGAGUCCACCCUCCACCUGGUGCUCCGUCUUCGCGGUGGUGCCAAGAAGCGUAAGAAGAAGACCUACACCAAGCCCAAGAAGAUCAAGCAUAAGCAUAAGAAGGUCAAGCUCGCCGUCCUUCAGUUCUACAAGGUCGAUGACUCCGGUAAGGUCCAGAGGCUCAGGAAGGAGUGCCCUAAUGCAGAAUGCGGUGCUGGUACCUUUAUGGCCAACCACUUCGACAGGCACUACUGUGGCAAGUGCGGUUUGACCUACGUCUACCAGACUGCUGGCGGCGAUUAGGUUUUUAAUAUUUUUAUCGAGUUAUGAUUAUGGAUAUUAGUACUUUCCUGUUGAGUUGUGGUACCUUUGUUCUGUUUUUGCUAGCACAGUAUCAAAUUGUUGUCUGGAUAAGGAUUAUCUGUGAAAUGGAUUUUGUGGUUUAUUUUGGAUAUUUGAGAUGAUUACUGAUAGUUCAUGUGGUUUCGUAUU